AUGCUCCAAGCCCUCUACGCCCUGGCCGCGCUCACUGCUGCCGUCCUCCCGGCCGCUGCCGAGACGCUCUGCAACGCUACCAAUCUCUGCCCCAAGGCGUACCCGUGCUGCUCUGAGUACGGAUACUGCCAGAAGGGCGCCUUCUGUCUCGGAGGAUGCAACCCGCUCAACUCCUUCCGCCUGGAGAGCUGCAUGCCCGCUCCCGUCUGCGAGAGCCACACGAACAACUUUGCGACCGACCUCAGCCUCGUGCUCCUGAACCACACGCAGUACGACGGUAACGCGACCAAGUGGGACUGGGGCGAGAUCGUCCCCAACCCCGAGGGCGACGGUGUCCGCCUCACGCUCACCAAGGACGCGGGCGGCACCCGUAUCUCAUCCACCCGUUAUGUGCAUUACGGAAAGAUGGAGUUUGUCAUGACAGAAUCCUCCAAGUGGGGCGGCAUCAUCACCUCUGCGAUCACAAUGUCGGACGUGAAGGACGAGAUUGACUGGGAGUGGGUCGGCGCCGCCAACGACGAGGUGCAGAGCAACUACUUCUUCCUCGGCAUUGCGGACUAUGUCAACACGAAGGGCAAGACGCACAAGGUCGAGGGCGGCAAGGCGUCCGAGGAGUGGCACACGUACACGCUCGACUGGCAGGAGGAGGAGCUCAACUGGCUCAUUGACGGCAAGGUUGUGCGCACUCUGAAGAAGAGCGAGACGGUCACUGCCGACGGACAGUUCCAGUACCCUACCACUCCCUCCCGCGUGCAGCUAGCGAUCUGGGCCUCCGGUAUCGAGGGCACCGCUGAGGGCACUGUUCAGUGGGGUGGUGGCAUGGUCGACUGGGAGGCCGAGGACUACACCUCGAACGGCUACUACUGGGCCGAGCUGAAGACGAUUACGCUCGAGUGCGCCGACGAGGGUCUCAACACGACGCACGGCUAUGUCUACACUGGCAUCGACUCGGCCAACAUCCCUGUGAGUGUGGCUCCAAAAUCUUUCAACCCUCGUAGCUUCGCGGCAGAUCUCUGCCAAGCAAACAAGCAACGUGCACCGUUCCUUCGGACCUUUGUGGAGUGA